AUGGUUCGGAAAGUUGAUGUGUAUGACAGUAUGGCUCAGGAAGUUGCUGUGUAUGACAGUAUGGCUCAGGAAGUUGAUGUGUAUGACUGUAUGGCUCAGGAAGUUGAUGUGUAUGACAGUAUGGCUCAGGAAGUUGAUGUGUAUGACUGUAUGGCUCAGGAAGUUGAUGUGUAUGACAGUAUGGCUCAGGAAGUUGAUGUGUAUGACAGUAUGGCUCAGGAAGUUGCUGUGUAUGACAGUAUGGCUCAGGAAGUUGAUGUGUAUGACAGUAUGGCUCAGGAAGUUGCUGUGUAUGACAGUAUGGCUCAGGAAGUUGAUGUGUAUGACAGUAUGGCUCAGGAAGUUAAUGUGUAUGACUGUAUGGCACAGGAAGUUGAUGUGUAUGACAGUAUGGCUCAGGAAGUUGCUGUGUAUGACUGUAUGGCUCAGGAAGUUGAUGUGUAUGACAGUAUGGCUCAGGAAGUUGAUGUGUAUGACAGUAUGGCUCAGGAAGUUGAUGUGUAUGACAGUAUGGCUCAGGAAGUUGAUGUGUAUGACAGUAUGGCUCAGGAAGUUGAUGUGUAUGACAGUAUGGCUCAGGAAGUUGAUGUGUAUGACUGUAUGGCUCAGGAAGUUGAUGUGUAUGACAGUAUGGCUCAGGAAGUUCCUGUGUAUGACAGUAUGGCUCAGGAAGUUCCUGUGUAUGACA